GGGGUCCCCGGCCUCGGCGGGGCCAACGAGUACGACUACGUGAGCUUCCAGUCGGACAUCAGCUCCUACCAGAGCGGGCGCUUCUACGCCAAGCCGCCGCUGUGCGUGGCCAUCCCGGCCGACCUGCGCCUCUGCCACAGCGUGGGCUACGACAAGAUGGUCCUGCCCAACCUGCUGGACCACGAGACCAUGGCCGAGGUCAAGCAGCAGGCCAGCAGCUGGGUGCCCCUGCUCAACAAGAACUGCCACAUGGGCACCCAGGUCUUCCUCUGCUCCCUCUUCGCCCCGGUCUGCCUCGACCGGCCCAUCUACCCGUGCCGGUGGCUCUGCGAGGCCGUCCGCGACUCCUGCGAGCCGGUCAUGCAGUUCUUCGGCUUCUACUGGCCCGAGAUGCUCAAGUGCGACCAGUUCCCGCAGGACGACGUCUGCAUCGCCAUGAGCGCCCCCAACGCCACCGAAGCCUCCAGACCUCAAGGUGUCGCUGUGUGUCCUCCGUGUGACAACGAAAUGAAGUCAGACGCCAUCCUGGAGCACCUGUGUGCCAGUGAGUUUGCUUUAAAGAUGAAAAUAAAAGAGGUGAAGAAAGAGAACGGAGACAAGAAGAUCAUGCCGAAGAAGAAGAAGCCGCUGAAGUUGGGCACCAUCAAGAAGAAAGAUCUCAAGAAGCUGGUGCUGUACCUGAAGAACGGAGCAGACUGCCCCUGCCACCAGCUCGACAACCUCAACAACCAGUUUCUCAUCAUGGGGCGCAAGGUGAAAAACCAGUACCUUCUGACCGCCAUCCACAAAUGGGAUAAGAAGAACAAAGAGUUCAAGAAGUUCAUGAAGAAAAUGAAAAGCCCCGAGUGCCCCACAUUCCACUCGGUCUUCAAAUAAUCCUCCAGUGCUAGAUUUGGGACCUCUUGUUUUUUAUUAUUAUUAUUUGGUUGGUUUUGUUUAUUUUUUUUUUAAUUUGGCUGGCCCUGAACUUGCACAGACGUUGGACUUUGUGAUUCGCAUACAUUUUGGCCUCUCCUGCCAGAGUGGAUGCUGUACCGACCCUUGAUACUCUGCGGUUCCUUUCUCUUUGUGCUCCUCUUAGAGCUUCCUGUUUCUUGCUCUGUCUCCUCUCAGCCCCCUGUUAUAUCCCCACUAGGAAGUGUUCAGAAGAUAUGUAGGUAGUUUUUUUUUGGGGGGGGGGUUUACAGGCACAACAAUAUCUGAGGCCAUACUGGAUGCAAAUAUUUGCAGUAGAUCCGUGUUGACUGCUCUUGGGGUUGCAGGUACAGUGGUGCCUCACUUGACGAGGAUAAUCCGUUCCAGCGAAAUCGCUGUAGAGCGAAAUCCUCG